CCGCCACGACGACCACCACCACGAGGAUCCACUAGAUGACCGCCAGUACCACACAACGGUGCAUGUUUGUCCCGUACAGGCCUGCCCUCAUCGUGUUGAGUCUGAUCUCCGUCCACUAUGUCAUCCUGAUCCUGUUUACCGAACAAACCAUCUACCUGAGACUAGGGAUGCUCGUCUGGUGCACCUGUGGUAAACCCCUGCCCCCGAAGCUACUGCUCAUGGUGCCACAUCGCCUCCAUAAAAGUAUCGUCCCCCUCUAGGGUGUCUCUCCAUCUAUAGGGUGAGGCUGCUCUGGGUGAGGCUGUGUAUCCGCCACCCAUCAUAACAUGCUGCGGCGGUGUAUGAAAGCUAUCGGCUGGUGGCUGAAAUCCCAAAGUAGGCUCCCCAUGAAACUGCGAUUGAGAGGGCUGAAACUGGGUCUGAGUCUGAGGCUGAGAGGGCUGAAACUGGGUCUGAGAAGGCUGAAAGCCUGCAGAAGAGGACGGAUGAAACUGCGACAUGAAGUCGAAGGCAGUAGUAGGUCGGACAGGCUAUGCUCGCUGAGCCAACUAAUCCUAACGACACCGUCGGAAAGAUCGGUAGGAGCAUGUCCUAACAGUCGGAUACACGUCGCCGACCACUCCGAUCUGGUACGUAUACUAUGAUGGCCUCACCGUCGAUCGAUAGAUCGCUCAGUGUGGCAACGUCCUCUAGAGUGAUUGUAACCUCACCAAGCGGCAUGUGGAAGGUUGAUGUCUCAGGACUUCAACGCUCUACGAGAGCAGUGAUCAAAGAUGCAUCAAUAGCAGUAGUCAUAGGGACCAACUGCUCAACGCUAAACAAACCGACAUCCUGGAGAUACGGCUCAUAACGUGGAUGGUACGUGACCAAAUUGGUCGUACCUCGAAUCUGGUAAACGCGAUCACCAACCUAUAGUGCACAAAACUUAUAUUAAUUCAAUUUCAUGCAUAAUUCUAUUUUCAGUUCGUCUAGUAAAAUCUAUAUAAUUUAGUAAAAUAUAUCUAAUCAAAACUAAUACUAAUUUCACAAAAUUUCACAUGCAAUUCUAAUAUUUCAGUUCACCUAGUAAAAUUUAUAUAAUUUAGUAAAAUAUAUCUAAUCAAACUAAUACUAAUUUCACAAAAUUUCACAAUCAAUUCUAAUAUUUCAGUUCACCUAGUAAAAUUUAUAAUCUAACUAGCUAAUGAACUUUAAUGAAAAUACUUACCUCAUUUUGCCAAACUGAGUUGGCCCGAUGUUGACCAUGUGCCCAAAGAAGUAUUGAAUCAACCGGAGCUGUAUCAAUCGUUGUAGGUGGUUUGGUUUGAUUUCAACACUGCUAACCAAUGAAACCAAUUAACCAAUUAAUGAUACACAUAAUAUACAUAAUUAUUUAUACUUCCAUGCAACCAACCAAACCAAACUUUCGUGAUUCGCUAUAUUAUUUCCAUGUGCACAACAAAAACCCAAACAUUAUGGGUAAAAAAUUAAAUGGGUCUGCCUAUUUACUAAACAAAAACAUUUUGGACAACACUAGACUUUAGGAUUACGUACAAUACCAUGACAUCCACCUCAAACUAUGUAUAGUUUAAGUAUUUUGUAGGAGAGCUUUAACUUCCUGAUGAGUGGUAAUGGUAUGUAUUUAUGUUAAUAGAUUUGUUGUAAGCUAACUAUAUUAGAUGAAGAGAUUAUGCAUGAUGUAUUAACUCGAAUGAUAAUGAUAAUCAUGGAUGGUUAGUCUUAUUAUAAUUGCUUAUAUAUAUAAUGAUAGUUUAUGAUAGUAACAACAUAUGGUUAUGUUUUAUUCAUUAACAGGAUAAUUAUUUUCAUGUAAUGUUAUGUUAUUUGGUUAAUCCGAUUAUCUGAUUAACCAAACCAAUUAAACUUUGAUUUGGUUAAUUUGGUCGGUUUGGUUAAGACAUUUUAUUCCAUGAUUGAUAAAAUUUAGGCUUAAUUGAUUUGGUUAUUAUCAUGGUAACCAUUUGAACACCCCCUAAUAUUGGUGGUAAAUAAAAAAAAAUUAUAUUUUGGGAAUUUUCCCCAUGUUUGAUCAAGGAGAGAUUUAGUGAUAUUUUUACCAUAUAUUUUUGUAGGGAGGUUAUGGAUGUAACGAGGGUUUGGAUUUGGAUUGAAAUAAUUUUGCAUCAACUGUUUGUGUGCAUUUUUCUUAUUAUAAUUCACCGUUUUUAAUGAAUGUGAUAAUGAACGAUGACGCUAUGACAAUACUUGUUGUCGAAGCAUGAAUCCUUCGAGCAUCAUCAUCAUCUCUUGAAUUUCACGAUCAAGUUGACACUCAUAUUCUCGUUGCCUCUCAUCAGGUUCCCUUUUGCCUCUCUCGAGCUUUUUUAUCAAGGUAACCAACCCCUAAUGUAGAAAAAGUUGUUGGUGUGUGGAGAGAAGUAAGAAAUUGAGAGAUUGAAGAAGGUUGACUAGUGGAAAAAGUAGCAUAACCAAGUCCAGGCUUCAUUUAUAUAUAUAUAUAUAUAUAUAUAUAUAUAUAUAUAUAUAUAUAUAUAUAUAUAUAUUUCAACAAUAUGGUUAAAACGGGAUGAAUAUUUGAUGACACUGCUACUUAUGAUUAAAAUUGAAUGGAUCGCUAAACCUCCACCCUUAUAAAAAUUUUGUCCCCGAAAUUUGCUCGGAACUCAUCCUUCUAACAAUACCCUUCUUAUACUUCCUACCCACAAUAAUUUAUUAUUAUCAUAACAACUUCGUUGGAACCCUUUGAUCAUAUAUGUUUCCUUAGCUCGUAGCACUCGUGUAACCUUGAGUGACUCACUGCCCUUUUUAUUUCACAACUUGACCCAAAAAUGAUGAAACAAAAUGCCGAUUUGAUUUACCAUGUUGAUCCAAUUCACCUAAUAGUUGUUGUUGAAGCUAAAUCCAAAAUCGAUAUAUCACAUUCAACUCAUUUUUCAUUAUGUCACAACCAUGUGAUCAAUUUAUUAUUACCUGAUCAAUUAUUAUGUUCAUCAUAAUUAAUUAUUACCACAUGUAUAAAAAUAACCAACAACCAACGAAUUAUAUAAGCAAAGUGACUAAAUUGAUUUAGCCUAGAACCCAAUCCCAUUUUUUUUCCUACGCUACUCUUCAAUUGAAAUUGUAGCUAAAAAAAUCUAAAAAAAUUCAUUCACUCUUUCCACGGGUAAUUAGCAUAAACGUGAUCACAAAGUUUUGUGCUUGGUAGAAAACUGCCAUAAAUCUUUAAUUUGUAA